AUGGCCCCUGGCGACAUUACAGAGACGUUGAAAACGGGCAUAAACGUCGUUAAACUGGGUGUCGGGGUCAACAGGCUCAGGAACCUUAGGGGCAACCGGGUGCUGGUCGGAUGCUCCACGUCGGAGGAGAGAGACCGGCUAGGGGAGGCCAAAGCGGGUGCCGGGCUGGGCCUCUCGGCUGCCGUGGUGCCCCGGAGGAGGCCGCUGCUCCGGCUGCUAGGAGUCGCCCGCGAUACUAGUGAUGCCCAGGUCUUGGAGGCGGUAAGGGAGCAGAACGCUGGUCUGCUGGGGCCUGUGCCACUAGAUGAAAAAGCCGUCAGAGUGGUUCGCAGAAUAAAAAGCAGAAUGGGGCCGCACUCCUCGGUCGUCCUGGAGGUCGACCCGAGCAUUUGGGCGGCGCUCAAAAACAGAAGAGUCAGGGUGGCGUACCAAAUGGUACCCGCGGUGGACCAGUCUCCGGUAACACAAUGUUACCGCUGCCAGGGAUUUGGUCACCUGGCAUCUUCCUGUCGCGCCGAAACGCCCUCGUGCGGAUACUGCGGGGACCUCCACGACACCCGGGAAUGCCCUAAUAGGGGUCUGCCUCCAAAGUGCGCCAACUGCGCCGCACCGGAGGACGGAGAGCCCUCUCACCCAGCGUACUCCACCGAGUGCUCCGCUUGGAGAAAGGCGGACCGCCAGGCCAGGCUUACGGUGGCUUAUCAAUAG